AUUUUAUUUAAGGCCGAAGUCUCCAUCUAAUUUUUCUGGUACAAUAGGUAUUUUGACAACAAAUUCUCUCAGGUUUUGUGGAUUUAGGAAUGUCUUUUUUAUUUUUGAAGAGCAAUUUUGGUGUUUCAAGAUUUAUGAGUAGACAGUCUUAUUUCUUUUUCUUUCAAAUAGUCUGAAUCUGUCAUCUCAGUCUUUUAUGGCCUCAAGAGUGUCUGGUGAGAAAUCAGCUGUUAGUCUCAUUGAGGAUUCCUUGUGCCUAUCGUGUUUUUCUUCUCUUCAUGUUUUGAAGACUUUGACUUUUUGACAUUUUUACUAUGACGUCUCUAUGUAUAGAUUUCUUUACAUAGAUUUCACUUGAGUAAGUCAAGUUCAUUUGACUCAGUGUACACAUUCAUAAAUGUUUUUCUAUUGCUGAAAUUUUUGGCUUUUGUUUUUCAAACUGUUGCUGCCACUUUCUACUGUGACUUUUAUGUACAUGUUGAUACGCUUGUGCUCCUCAGCUGUCUAAAGCUCUGUUUUUCCUUUUUCUUUCUGCCUCACAAUUGAGGUGACUGGAUCACCUCAACUGUCCUAUAUUCAAAUUUGCUGAUUGCCUUGUCCUGCUAGCUCAAAUAGUGUGAUGAAUUUUUCUAGUGAAUGUUUAUGUUUUAUUUUACUUUAUCUUUAUUGUCUAGUUAAUGAUACAUCAUUCUCUUUUUAAUGUUAAUGGUUAGGUUUAGGAGUACACAUGCAAGUUUGUUAUAUAGGUAAAUUCUGAGUCAUGGGGGUUUGGUGUACAGAUUAUUUUAUCACCAAGGUAACAAGCAUAGUACCUGAUAGGUAGUUUUUUUAUCCUCACCCUUCUCCUGCCUUCUACCUUCAAGUAGGCACCAGUGCUUGUUGUUUUCUUCUUUAUGUCCAUAUGAACUCAGUGUUUAGAUCCAACUUACAUUGAGAGCCUGCUUAUUAGAUUUUCUGUUCCUGUUUUAGUUCCGUUAGGAUAAUGGCCUCCAGCUCCAUUUAUGUUGCUGCAAAGGACAUGAUCUUACUUUUUUAUGGUUAUAUAGUAUUACUUGGUUAUAAGUACCAUAUUUUUUAAUCCAGUCUAUCACUGAUGAGCGUUUAAGGUGAUUCUGUAUCUUCAUAUAUUCUUUCUUCCUUUUUUAAGGACACUUGAUAGAUGGGUUUUUUUUUUUUCCAAGACAGUCUCACUCUGUUACCCAGGCUGGAGUGCAGUGGCAUAAUCUCUAUACUUACUGCAACCUCCACCUUCCAGGUUCAAACAAUUCUUGUAGCUCAGCCUCCCAAGUAGGUGGGAUUACAGGUGUACAUUACCACACCUGGCUAAUUUUGGUUUUUGCUUUCUUGUACAGAUGGGGUGUCACCAUGUUGGUCAGGCUGGUUUCGAACUCUUGGUCUCAAGGGAACCACCUUCUUUGGCCUCCCAAAGUGCUGGGAUUUCAGAUGUGAGCCACCACACCUAGCCCAUAGAUGGAUACUUGCUCUGUCACCCAGGUUGAAAUGUAGUGGUGCAAUCUCGGAUCACUGAAAACUCCACCUCCCAGGUUCAAGCUGUUCCCUGCCUCAGCCUCCCAAGUAAUUGGGAUUAAAGGUGCCUGCCACCAUGCCCAGAGAAGUUGCCAUGGGAGGUCCACUGCUUGCUGGAAAGGAACAUGGUCGAUUCUUGUGAGCAAUAGAGGCCCUGCAGAGUCCUGCAGCCACUGUGGCCUGGCAUCCACUGUACACCCCUGCUGAUGGAUGUCUCAGGAUGGGGCAGUUGCCUUGAGAGGCCCGCUGCAUGCUGGCUUGACAGAUGGUUGUUUCUUCUGAGCAAUGGAGUCCCCACGGAGUCGUGGAGUCAUUAUGGCCUGGCAUCCAUGGUGCAUCUCAUGCUGGCGGUGUCUCAGGAUGGGGCAGUUGCCUUGCUUGAGAGGCCCACCGCAUGCUGGCCUGACAGAUGGUUGUUUCUUCUGAGCAACGGAGUCCCCACGGAGUCGUGGAGUCAUUAUGGCCUGGCAUCCAUGGUGCAUCUCAUGCUGGCGGGUGUCUCAGGACGGGGCAGUUGCCUUGAGAGGCCCACCACGUGCUGCCACAACAGGUGGUCAAUUCUUCCGAGCAAUGGAGUCCCUAUGGAGCCAUGGAGCCAGUGUGGCCUGGCAUCCGUGGUGCACCUUGUGCUGGCGGGUGGCUCAGGACGUUAUGAUGGGACGUCCCCCAUAACCUGGCAAGGAAGAUGGUCGGCUCUUCUGAGGCACAAAGGCCUCGAGUCCUGGUGUUGGUAUGGCCUGGCCUCCACGGUGCACCCCUGCUGGUGGAUGGCUCAGGACGGGGCAGUUGCCUUGAGAGGCCCGCUGCAUGCUGCCACAACAGAUGGUCGAUUCUUACAAGCAACGGAGUCCCCAUGGAGUCGUGGAGUCAGUGUGGCCUGGCAUCCAUCGUGCACCUUGUGGUGGCAGGUGGCUCAGGGCGACCUACGGUUGACCAUUGCAAAGACAACCUUCGGGGCUGAUUGUGGUUGGUUUUCUGCCAGGGGCAGUUAUCAUGGGACAUCCGCCAUACGCUGGCAAGGAAGAUGGUCAGUUCUUCUGGUCCACAAAGGCCCCCGGAGUCCUGGAAUGGUUGAUUCUUCCAUGCAACGGAGUCCCCAUGGAGCCGUGGAGUCAGUGUGCCCUGGCAUACAUGGUGCACCGCAUGCUAGCAGGUGGCUCAGGACGGACAGUUAUGAUGGGACGUCCCCCAUAACCUGGCAAGGAAGAUGGUUGGCUCUUCUGAGGCACAAAGGCCUGGAGUCCUGGUGUUGGUAUGACCUGGCCUCCACGGUGCACCCCUGCUGUUGGAUGGCUCAGGACCGGGCAGUUGCCUUGAGAGGCCUGCUGCAUGCUGCCACAACAGAUGGUCGAUUCUUACAAGCAACGGAGUCCCCAUGGAGUCGUGGAGUCAGUGUGGCCUGGCAUCCAUCGUGCACCUUGUGGUGGCAGGUGGCUCAGGACGACCUACGGUUGACCAUUGCAAAGACAACCUUCGGGGCUGAUUGUGGUUGGUUUUCUGCCAGGGGCAGUUAUCAUGGGACAUCCGCCAUACGCUGGCAAGGAAGAUGGUCAGUUCUUCUGGUCCACAAAGGCCCCCGGAGUCCUGGAAUGGUUGAUUCUUCCACGCAACGGAGUCCCCAUGGAGCCGUGGAGUCAGUGUGCCCUGGCAUACAUGGUGCACCGCAUGCUAGCAGGUGGCUCAGGACGCACAGUUAUGAUGGGACGUCCCCCAUAACCUGGCAAGGAAGAUGGUCGGCUCUUCUGAGGCACAAAGGCCUCGAGUCCUGGUGUUGGUAUGGCCUGGCCUCCACGGUGCACCCCUGCUGGUGGAUGGCUCAGGACGGGGCAGUUGCCUUGAGAGGCCCGCUGCAUGCUGCCACAACAGAUGUUCGAUUCUUACAAGCAACGGAGUCCCCAUGGAGUCGUGGAGUCAGUGUGGCCUGGCAUCCAUCGUGCACCUUGUGGUGGCAGGUGGCUCAGGGCGACCUACGGUUGACCAUUGCAAAGACAACCUUCGGGGCUGAUUGUGGUUGGUUUUCUGCCAGGGGCAGUUAUCAUGGGACAUCCGCCAUACGCUGGCAAGGAAGAUGGUCAGUUCUUCCGGUCCACAAAGGCCCCCAGAGUCCUGGAGUAAGUAUGGCCUGGCCUCCAUGGUGCACCCCUGCUGGUGGAUGGCUCAGGAUGGGGCUGUGCCCUGGAGAGACCUGCCAUGUGCUGCCGCAACAGAUGGUUGAUUCUUCCAAGCAACAGAGUCCCCAUGGAGUCAUGGAGUCAGUGUGCCCUGGCAUCCAUGGUGCACCCCGUGCUAGCAGGUGGCUCAGGACCGGGCAGUUAUCAUGGGACAUCCCACAUAUCCUGGCAAGGAAUGUGGUCCAUUCUUCUGAGCCGCAAAGGCCCCCAGAGUCCUGGAGUCAUUAUGGCCUGGCAUCCAUGGUACACCCCUGCUGAUGGAUGGCUCAAGAUGUUGCCUUGAGAGGACCACCAUGUGCUGCCGCAGCAGAUGGUCAAUUCUUCCAGGCAGCGGAGUUCCCAUGGAGUCGUGGAUUCAGUGUGGCCUGGCAUCGAUGGUGCACCACGUGCUAGCAGGGCCAGUUUCCAUGGGACCUCCACCAUACCCUGGCAAGGAAGAUGGUCACUUCUUCUGGGACACAAAGGCCCCCGGAGUCCUAGAGUCCGGAUGGCCUGGAUCCAUGGUGCACCCCUGCUGGUGGAUGGCUCAGGACGGGGCAGUCUCUUGAGAGUCCUUCUGUGUGCUGGCCCAAUAGAUGGUCAAUUCUUCCAAGCAACAGAGUCCCCAUGGAGUCGUGGAGUCAUCGUGGCCUGGCAUCCAUGGUGCAUCUCAUGCUGGCAUGUGGCUCAAGACAGAGCAGUUAAUCAUGAAAGCUCCACCACUUGGUGGGAAGAAAGGUGGUCUAUUCUUCUGCCAAACGGAGGCUGCAAUGAGUCCUUGAUUUGGCGUGCCAUGGCAUCUGCAGUGGACUCCGUGCUGGUGGGUGGCUCAGGACGGGGUAGUUGCCAUGGGAGGCCCACCACCAGCUGGAAGGAAGAUGGUCGAUUCCUGUGAGCCACAAACACUCUGCAGAGUCCUGGAGUCGGUGUGGCCUGGCUUCCAUGGGGAUCUUGUGCUGGUGGAUGGCUCAGGCCGGUAGCACUCCUGUUCCCCUCAUGGGCCAGUUGCCGUGGGAGGCCCACCUCCUGCUGACAAGGAAGAUGAUCGAUUCUUCGGUCAGCUUAGGCCCCACAGAGUCCUUGAUUCGGCGUGGCCUGGCAUGUAUGGUGCACCCCGUGCUGGCAGGUGACUCAGGACGGAGCAGUUUCCAUGAGAGGUCCACCGCUUACUGGCAAGGAAGAUGGAUGAUUCUUCUGAUCAAUGGAGGCCACGUUGAAUCCUUGAUUCGGCAUAGCCUGGCAUUUUCAGUGCACCCUGUGCUGAUGGGUGGCUCAGGACGGGGCAGUUGCCUCGAGAGGCCUGCUGCUUGAUGGCAUGACACGUGAUCGAUUCUUCUGUGGAGUCAGUGUGGCCUGGCAUCCAUGGUGAACCUUGUGCUGGCAGGUGGCUCAGGACGGAGCAGUUGUCGUGACAGGUCCAUUGCUUGCUGGCAAGGAAGAUGAUCGAUUCUUCUCACCAACAGAGGCUGCAUUGAGUUCUUGAUUCGGUGUGGCCUGACAUCUACAGUGCACCCCGUGCUGGUGGGUGGCUCAGGAUGGGGCACUUGCCAUGGGGGCCUGCAGUCUGCUGGCAAGGAAGAUAGUCGAUUUUUCCAAGCAAUGCAGGCCCCAUGGAGUCCUGGAUUUGGUGUGACCUAGCAGCCACAGUGCACCCCGUGCUGGUGGACAGCUCAAUACGGACACAUUGUCAUGAGAAGUCCACCGCUUGCUGGCAAGGAAGUUGGGCAAUUCUUCUGACCAACAGAGGCCAUGUUGAGUCCUUGAUUCCAUGUGUCCUGACAUCUACAGUGCCCCCCAUGCUGGUGUGUGGCUCAGGAUGGAGCAGUUGCUGUGGAAGGCCCUGUCUACUGGCAAGGAAGAUGGUUAAUUCUUCCAAGCAAUGAAGGCCCCACCGAGUCCUGGUUUUGGUGUGGCCUGGCCUCCAUGGUGCGCCCCAUGCUGGUGGACAACUCAAUAUGGAGCAGUUGUCGUGACAGGUCCAUUGCUUGCUGGCAAGGAAGAUGGGCAGUUCUUCUGACCAACAGAGGCCGCGUUGAGUUCUUGAUGCGGCAUGGCCUGACAUCUGCAGUGCACCCCAUGAUGGCAGCUGGCUCAGGACGGGGCAGUUGCUGUGGGAGGCACAGCACCUGUUGGAAAGAAGAUGGUCAAUUCCUCCAAACAACAAAGGCCACGUGGAGUCCUGGUUUCAGUGAGGCCUGGCUUCCACAGUGGUCCUGGUGCUGGUGGGUGGCCCGGAUGCACGCUCACUUCAUCUGCGCCUCCCUGGUUGCAUUGGCUUGGAAGGAAGGCCCUUGUUCAAGAAGGAUGGUCUUCAUCUUGUGUAAUCUUUGGAGAUGCCAUGGGCCCCCUGGAUAUAUGGUCUGGGCUCCUUCAGAGCCUUUUGGAUUUCUCCUGAAUGGGCAGUUGCCUUGAGAGGCCCGCCACGUGCUGCCACAACAGAUGGUCAAUUCUUCUGAGCAACAGAGUCCCCAUGGAGUUGGGGAGUCAGUGUGGCCUGGUAUCCAUGGUGCACCUCAUGCUGGCAGGUGGCUCAGGACGAAGCAGCCGUCAUGAGAGCUCUGCUGCUUGCUGGCAAGGAAGAUGGGCAAUUCUUCUGACCAACAGAGCCUGCGUUGGGUCCUUGAUUCAGUGUGUCCUGACAUCUGCAGUGCGCUCUGUGCUGGUGGGUGGCUGAGGACGGUGUUGUUGGUGUAAAAGGCAGGCUAAUGUCAUGAGGAAUGAUUGUCAUCUUGUACAGUCCUUGGCAAUGGCAGGAAACCCCUGGCCACACAUGGUGUGGACUCCUUCAGAGGCUGUUGAACUCCUCCUGAGUGUGGUGUUGGCAUUAAAGGCCGGCUUGUGUCAUGAGGAAUGAUCCUCAUCUUGUGAGACUCUUGGAGAUGGCAAGAAGUCCCUGGCCACAUGUGGUGUGGAAUCCUUCAGAGGCUGUUGAAACCCUCCUGAAUUGUUGUUGCUGUGAAAGGCAGACUCAUGUCAUGAGGAAUGAUUGUCAUCUCAUGUUGUCCUUGGAGAUGGCAGGAAGCUCCUGGUCCACAUGGCGUGGAAUCCUUCAGAGGCUGUUGAAACCCUCCUGAAUGUGGUGUUGAUAUAAAAGGCAGGCUCAUGUCAGGAAGAAUGAUUGUCAUCUCAUGUGAUCCUUGGAGAUGGCAGGAAGCCCCUGGACACUCAUGGUGCGGACUCUCAGAUCCUGUUGAAACCCUCCUGAGUGUGGUGUUGGUGUAAAAGCAGUUUAUGUCAUGAGAAAUGACUAUCACCUCAUACGAUCCUUGGAGAUGGUAGGAAGUCCUGGUCACACAUGGUGUGGACUCCUUCAGAGGCCGUUGAAACCCUCCAGAGUGUGUUAUGGCCAUGGAAGAAAGGACAGUCUUCAUCUUGGGAGAGCCUUAGAGAUGGCAGGGAGCCCCUUGACAUGUGGAAUGUGGUCUCCUUUGGAUGCUGGUGGAUCCCUCAGGUGGUCUGGCAUGGAAGAAGGCCAGAGGCUGUGAUGGAUGAUCUUUGUCAUGGGAGAUGCCUGGAGAUGUCAGGGAGCCCCAGGCCAUGUGUGGCACAUGUGGUGUGGCUUCUCCAGGUGCUGGUGGAUCCCUCAGGACGCGCAGAUACAGACCCCAUAUGUAAGAGAGUGUGGAGCUGCAUAGAAAGAAGACUUGUCAUUUUCCUAUACUGUUGGGGUUCUAAUAUGUCUUCAUGGUUUUUGCCUCUUCUGGCUUUAGAAGAUACACAAAUACAUUCUGCAACAUGGCCUCUUCGUAUUUUAGUGUGGUUGCCAUGAAAACUCACGCAAAUAUGGAUUUAAAGAAGAUUUACGUUUUCAUUCACACUUGAAGAUGUGAGAGAGUGCUUUGGAUAAAUAAGCCAUCGAGCUGUUUAGCGUGGAACCAGCAAAGAUUUUUAUAUGAAAGUUAUUUUGUCUACCUCAAGAAGUGACAGAAUGGAGUGUAAUAUGAAUACGUCUGACGUCAAAACCUCAAAAUGCUUGAUACUGAUUAGAUAAGACAGAAUUCCAUGGAAGUUCAUUGCCAAACCAGCAAAGUGCUGAUUUGGACAUUUGUACCAGCUAACACAGCUGUGAGGGAGCACUCCAAUGCACAGCUAAGAACAACAUAGACCAAGAACUGGGUUUCAUAUGGAUGAAUUUAUCCUUCCCCUUGAGGCAAGACAAGCAGGAAAGAAAGUAUUGGGAAUAAUGCUGCCCUCCCAUCCUCAAGGGCCAGUGGGAACUCUAAUACUGAUUGGGUGAGUUAUAAUUCGAUGAAAUUUUACCAGUGAACCAGUGAGGGGAUAAUUUUGUCAUUUGUACCAGCUAACUAAUUUGGGAAGAAACAGAACAACACACUCCUGAGAGGUGAAUGUGGAACAAGAACUAGAUUUUAUAUAAAAGAGUUUAUUCCUUCUACUUGAGGUGUGACGUGAAGGAAAGUAAUGGAAAUCAUUCUGCCCCCCCCCCCCCAUUCUCAAGGGCUAGGGGAAUUCUAAUAUUGAAUGGAAGUGAUUUUGGAAUUGCAUGGAAUUCUCACUGUGUCCCAAAGAAAUGCUGAUUUUGGCAUUCUUACCUAUUCCAUUCCCCAAGCAGAACAAAACGAUGCACUCCAAAGGUCGGAAGUGAUGUUGGUGGAAGACAACAUUUUGCCACUUGAAAUUCUCACCUGCACACCAAAGAAGUACUGUUUUUGUCAUUUGCACCAGCAUCUUUCUCCAGGAAAGGUCAAAACAAUGCACUCCAAGGGAAGCAAGAGAAUGAAUUAAGGAAAACUCCAGAGAAUGAGCUGACAACUUACUCCCCGGUCACUGGCUCUCCAUGCCCACCUGUGGUCUGUUGGCCACUCUUGCAGAACAUGACUUCCUGGGAACUCUUCUGGGAGUGAAUGUUAUCAGCAAGUUAUUAAACCAACACCCCCUCAGACAAAGAGCCUCCUCAGCUGUGCAUUGCCUCGGCCACCCGCUAAAGGUGAUGGCCACAAAGAGGUGGAGUUGUUGAAUUGGUGCCAUUCCUUCUACUGCCAGCUUCACCAAAACACUGAUACAGUCUUCCUUAUGCAUGGAGUCUCCUCUCUUCCCUGUGUUGCAGUGGAUACCUCCUGCAGAUAAGAAAUGCUUAACUGAGAAAUGCUCAUGUUGGGAUGUCAUCGAUGAGACUUUAAUUUGGGCAUGGUGACUGUUUCCCUUGCUGCCACUUGACUCAAUCCCAGGAGCCUCAGUAGAGGAUAUAAUAUUACACAAGAUGCUCAAAAUGGUGGAAUUGCUCAGUACUCCCAUAAAUACACAUUUACAAUUUUCAUUUGCCACACGGUAAACUGAAAAAUAGAGAUAUAUUAAAAAGAAACUCUGCAUGAUUUUUUCAAAAAUUCAAAGCAUAUUUAAAUAAUUAAUAUAUAAAUUAAAUGCCCUCCUCUCUUCCAGUUCUGUCCCUAUAGUUUUCCUUUAUUAAGUGAGCUACAUGCAUUCUUUAAUGGACAGAUGCACACACAAACACACAAGCCAUUUUGGGGAAGGAUCCGGGAGUGUGGCCAUAUUGUAACACAUUUUUCUGCAAAUUACCCCUUUCAUUUAACAGCUCUUACUCAGUGGCCUUUUUCUUUUUCAGUAAUACGUACACAUCUGUGUCAUUUGUUGAAUGAUGACAUGAAUGUUUUGUAGAUGAAAUAUAAUUAAAUGUUUUAAGCAUUUCUCACUCAUAGAUAUUUAUGUUAGCACCAAAUUUCUGUGCAAUGAACCUCCCUCUAUAUAAAUAAUUUUGCAUUUGUCUAUUAUAUCAUAAUAAAUUAUUAUCAGUUGAAUUACUGGGAUUAAGUAUAUGCACACUUCCUAUUUUGAAAAUUAUUGCAAGAUUGCCUUCAAAAAAUGUGGUUAACAACUUUAUCCUCACAUGGCAAUGAAUGAGAUUGCCAGCUUUCCUACAACCUCACAGACAAUGGAUCUCAUAAAUAUUUAAAAUUUUUGCCAAUGUGAUCACCCAACUAUUGUCUUGAAUUGUAUUUCUUUUGUUUUUGAGUUUGGUCAUUUUUUCAUGUUUAUUAGCCAUCUGUAUUUUUUAAUUUCUUCUUUAUGUCCGAUUUUGUGGGUGGGAGGAGGAUUUAGUCUCUUCCAGAUUUCAAAGAGCUCAUUUACUAUUUUGGAAAAUAAGACUUGGAUUGUCAACCAUUAUAGCUAUUUUUUACACACUUUUUAACUUUGUUUUUGUUAUAAGAAUGUGUAUGAUUGUUAUAUGUCAAAGUGUAACCAUGUUUGCUUUUAUGGCUUCUGAGUUUCAUGUCAUUUUUGGAAAGAUUAAUAUAUAUACUGAGUCCAUAAAAUCCUUCACCUAUGUUAAAUUCUAA